AUGUCUGAAAUUGCUUCUAAAUUGACUGGAGGCACGAGUGUUGCAUCUAUGGCGGCAAAAGAAGUAAUGACAAAGUUGACUGUGUGUUGGAUUCCCGGUCAUAGCGGGACACGAGGUAGUGAGAUGGCUGAUCGUCUUGCGAGGGCUGGGGCUGGCGGGGAAUCUGACGUGGUAGACGCGUCAGUUCGUCUGCCGCUGAGGGCUUAUCUUGCCGUCAUAGAUGGACAUAUACUAAGAUGGUCUGGACAUGUAUCUCGAAUGCCAGAGCAUCGAGCGCAGAAAAGAAUUCUAGACGCAAGACCAUACAACACAAGGGCAAGAGGCAGGCCUAGAUCUAGAUGGCUCGAUGGUAUAGAGACUGAUUGUAGAAGAAUUGGGGUCCAUGACUGGAGGGCAGCUACCCAGAGCCUUGAAGUUUGGCGGAAAAUUGUGAACGAGGUCAAGGCUCACCAGGAGCUGUAG